GUGAGUUCAUUAUUGGACGUGUUAUUAAAGCUAUGAACAACAGCUGGCAUCCAGAGUGCUUCUGCUGUGAUAUCUGCCAGCAAGUGUUGGCCGAUAUUGGAUUUGUCAAGAACGCCGGCAGACAUCUCUGCCGUCCUUGCCAUAACAGGGAAAAAGCCAGAGGCCUGGGAAAGUACAUUUGCCAGAAGUGCCAUGCCAUUAUUGAUGAACAGCCUCUCAUAUUCAAAAAUGAUCCUUAUCAUCCUGAUCACUUCAACUGUGCCAACUGCGGGAAGGAACUCACUGCUGAUGCUCGGGAGUUGAAGGGAGAACUGUACUGCUUACCCUGCCAUGACAAAAUGGGUGUCCCCAUCUGUGGGGCGUGUAGAAGGCCGAUUGAGGGCCGUGUGGUGAAUGCGAUGGGCAAACAAUGGCAUGUGGAGCAUUUUGUUUGUGCAAAAUGUGAAAAGCCGUUCCUGGGCCAUCGUCAUUACGAGAGAAAAGGCUUGGCGUAUUGCGAAACCCACUACAAUCAGCUAUUCGGCGAUGUUUGCUUCCAUUGCAACCGUGUGAUUGAAGGAGAUGUUGUGUCUGCUCUCAAUAAGGCGUGGUGUGUCAACUGUUUCGCUUGUUCAACUUGCAACACUAAGUUAACACUCAAGAAUAAAUUUGUCGAGUUUGAUAUGAAGCCUGUCUGCAAAAAGUGUUAUGAGAAGUUUCCUCUAGAGCUGAAGAAAAGACUGAAGAAACUAGCUGAAACUUUGGGAAGGAAGUAAAGACUUCAUCUGCUCUCCCCUUCCUUUGUGAAAGUCGCCUACAUAUUACUUGGGGGCAGGGGGGCUGCUUUGAGGCUGCAGUCAGACAACAAAUCAUGAUGUAUGGCUUUUUAAAAUCAAAGUAUCUUAAGAUUUGCUGUUCU